CGGGCGCUUUGAAGUAGUCCAGCCAAUCACAGCCACCCACGACCGGUGGUUGGCGUAUGUCUGCUGCUGUGCUGUAACUGGGACAGGGCACAUGGAACUGUUGGUGACAGCGUAACAUGGGUUUGUGGCAUUUAACGACACAGGAUUUGUUGGACUCAAAUUAAACCAUGGUUUCCAUUGAACAUGCAGCACAUAAAAUACUGACUUACAUCCCAUAUGUUUUUGUUUUGAUGGACUUGAGAUAUGAAGGAGUGAACUGUGGAAGGGAUGGGAGCGUAGACAAUCACAUGGAGAUGGGGAAGAAACUGCUCGCUGCUGGCCAGCUAGCCGAUGCCCUCUCUCAUUUCCAUGCUGCUGUGGACGGAGAUCCCAAGAAUUACAUGGCCUACUACAGGAGAGCUACAGUGUUUUUAGCAAUGGGGAAGUCAAAGUCUGCACUGCCUGAUUUGAGCAGAGUCAUUGAACUCAAACCAGACUUCACAUUUGCACGGCUUCAGAGAGGAAAUCUCCUUCUGAAGCAGGGGAAACUCGAUGAAGCAGAGAGUGACUUCAAGAAUGUGCUGAGGUCCAACCCCAGCGACAAAGAAGAGAGGGAAGCCCAGAGUCAGCUGACAAAGUCGGAUGAAAUUCAGCGACUGGUGGCUCAGGCACGCAGCAGCUUCAGCAGCCGGGACUAUUUGACCGCUGCCGCUCAGCUUGACACAGUCAUUGAGACUUGUGUUUGGGACGCGACUUCUCGUGAGAUGCGAGCUGAGUGUUUCAUUCAAAUGGGAGAGAUGGGGAAGGCCAUCAGUGACCUCAAAGUUGCAUCCAAGUUAAAGAGUGACAAUACCCAGGCUUUCUACAAACUCAGCACCAUCUACUAUAACCUUGGAGACCAUGAAAUGUCCCUCAAUGAAGUACGUGAGUGCCUGAAGCUGGAUCCUGAUCACAAGCAGUGUUACAGCCAUUACAAGCAGGUCAAGAAGCUCAACAAACAGAUCAAGUCUGCAGAAGAACUCAUCCAAGAGCAGAAGUAUGAAGACGCAGUGAGUAAAUACGAGGCAGUGAUGAAAACUGAACCCAACGUACACCACUUCUCUCUCCUUGCCAAGGAGCGCAUCUGCCAUGCACUGGCACAGGGUCAGCAGGCUAGCAGAGCUAUCUCAGUGUGUAGCGAGGUCCUCCAGUCGAACCCGGAGAAUGUUAAUGUGCUCAAGGACAGAGCUGAGGCCUACAUCCAAGAGGAACAGUAUGAGGAAGCUAUUCAGGACUAUGAGGCGGCAGGCAAACACAGCGAGAAUGACCGUCAGAUAAAAGAAGGCUUGGAGAGAGCUCAGCGACUUCUCAAACAGUCUCAGAAGAGAGAUUAUUAUAAGAUCCUGGGAGUGAAGAGAACUGCCCAGAAGAAGGAGAUUAUCAAAGCCUACAGAAAACUGGCACAACAGUGGCAUCCGGACAACUUCCAGGAUCCGGUGGAAAAGAAGAAAGCAGAGAAGAAGUUCAUAGACAUCGCUCAGGCUAAAGAGGUUCUUACUGAUCCAGAGAUGAGAACCAAGUUCGACCAGGGGGAGGACCCCAUGGAUCCGGAGAGCCAGCAGGGUCACCACCAUCAACACUUCCAUGGAGGUUUCCAUGGCUUCCAGGGUUUCAAUCCUUUUGGUUCAGGACCCUUCAACUUUAAAUUCAACUUCAACUGAGAAGCCUCAUAUCCAGCUCAGCUGGAGUGGAGUUUUGUGUUUUCCUCCCUAGUUAAAAGGGAGAGUACUGGCAUGAAGAAUGCCACCACAUCCUCAUAACACUCACAAAAAUGUGGAGUGAACUGUGACUUUAAUCUGCUGAACUUAAUUACAGACCCAUCCUUGUUGUUGAAUAAUACAACUCUGGAAUUCCACUUGGGGAGGGCCUGUCGCUAUGCUAAAUAUCUAUGUGUGAAGCAGCUUUUAUCUGUUAAGAGCAAGCAGUUAAUUCUGACUCUUCUAUCCUUUCACUGUUUUGUACACUAAUUCACACCCAUUCAUAGGAUUAUAUUUGUACAGAGGUACAGUACUAUUUUUAUAUGAAUGGAGUUUUUCUGAACUGUAAAUAAAGAGCUA